CCCACAGAACCAGCGAGCCUUCCUGGUGACGUGUUCUCUUGCUCCUUUCUGCUCAGGCAGCAGGGACUUCUCGCCCACACGCUGUAGCAGGCACUUGCCUCGGCAGAUGGGGUUGGGGCUUCCAAAUGGCCUCUGCUCAAGCCUGCAGCAUUAUCUGUGCCGAUUUACAACUCCAAUCACCCGUCUGUGAGAGUUCCUGUUAUCUACCUUCAACACUAGGCUUAAGCUCGCUGGUCUGUAACUGUUAGAAAGUCCACAAUGGCUACAGAGGUGAAGACCCAGUUGGCUGAACAUCCACUGAUGAGGGUUGAGCUGAAGCCUGAAAAGAAGUUAAAGCACCGGCCACGGAGCCACGGGAACAGCAGGCCACAGAAAGAACUGAUGAUCCCGGGGAUUGUGGAGUUUCAGCUGAUCCAAGCGGCACUGAGGACCCCCAAGCCCCCAACCCCUGCGGCCUACCGCUUCGGCCGCCUCAGCCACCACUCCUUCUUCUCCCGGCACCACCCCCACCCACAACGCGUGACCCACAUCCAAGAUCUCACCGGGAAGCCCGUCUGUGUUGUCAGAGACAACUUCUCUCUGGCCCCCUUGCCUCAAGCCACACUCUUAUCCUGCUGCCUGACGGGGAUGCCCACCAUCUCUGUCCCCAUCGGAGACCCGCAGUCCAAUCGGGACCCUCGGCUUUCCUAUGAGGCCUGGAAGAAGGAAUUGAAGAAUCUGGCUUCUCGGGUGGCCGUCUUCACCAAGGAAAGUGAGCUCAAGAGCAAAAAGCAGAAGGAGGAGGCUCAGCGGGAGCAGGGGGCAAAAUACUCAGCUGAGACUGGGAGGCUCAUCCCCACUUCCACCCAAGCCAUUGGCCGCCGCCACCACUCCCGCCAGGGCCCACGGAUUUAUCCUUCUGGCAAAGAUGGGGGAGUGGAGACCUUCACCCUGCAGGAUCAGGAGCUGCUGGGCGGCCUCAUCUUGCCUGGAAUUAGGUUCUCAGGUCCUGUGGGGAGGGGGCCCAGGGCAGGACUGCAGGGGCUCCACCUCCCACCGAGGGCCCCAGCUCCGGCCGACCAUAGCCACAGCGGCCCCCCUAGCUCAUCUGACACAGACCUGGAUCUUCCCUUGAUGACACUUGACUGGAGGACACAAGGGAAAGAGGGCCCCGAAGUGAUCCUGGAGCUCCUCUGUCAAAUCCUGCAGACAGAUUCCUUGAGCGCUAUCCAGCACUGGCUACUGCACGCGCCCCCAAAGGAGAAAGAUUUGGCCCUGGGGCUCCUGCAGACAGCGGUGGCACAGCUCCUUCCUCAGUCCCUAGACUCCAUACCGGUAGAAAAACCUCUGGAUCAGCUCCAGGAAGGACAAGAGCCAUCUCGAGAGAGGCAGCAGCCGCCCUGCAGCCAAUCCUUGAAGAGGACGAAGACACUGCCUCUACCCAAAGGCGACAAACCCGAGUAUAUUGGGAAAGCCCAGGUCCUCCGAAUGCAUUCAAGCCAGAACGCAACAGAGGAACCGUCAAAGCCAAAGGCAGAAUGCUGAGGAGUGCAAGCUGCUCUACCUGCCCCGUUCAAGAGCAGCCCCCAGGUUCAAGGUUGCUCCCAACCAUACCACCGCAACAGCAACCCCGACUUUGCUAUCACAAGGAGCCUAUUAAAAAUCUGCCUUCCCUUUAA